UAUACGGGUUUGGAAAAAUCUGAGGGUGAGUAAAUGAUGACAGAAAGGGUGAACUAUCCCUUUGAGGCUUUCUUUUGACUUGUGGCUUUCGGCUGCAGGUGAUCGAUCUGUCAGAUUGCCCUACCAGGCAUGCGCACAUCAAUGUUACGUCAUUUACAAUCGGGUUUAGUUCUGGUUCUGGUAGGUCAGCUUUGUCUCGGCCGGUGGCUUAAGUUGUUGCACAACACAUCGUUCCAACCUCGCACUGGUUGACCUGCUUUCCACACGUAUCACACAAAACAUCCAUUCAGACAUUGUUUUGUAGAUUUUCAACUGUGAAUAGGACAAACGUCUACCUGUACCGCCUUGCGCUGGUGUUUCCUUCAGAAAACUGGAUUAAUUGUGUGGUAAUAAUAACUUGCAGGCUUAUUAGUGUUUGAUCUACUCAAAUCUAACAGUGCAGAAACGUAUCAGCACAAACAAUAUCCCAAACUCACAGUAUUGUAAACGUCUGACGAUGAAUGUAUCGGCCCGACUCUCACACAUCAUAGUUUUGCUCGGUCGGUUUUAUAGAAGGCGCUGUUUUAGUGGCAGAACGGCGGUGCGGCGGGUUCACAGGAAUGUUGCGUAACAAGACAAGCACUGAUAUCAGCUUCUGAUGAUAACAGCUGUUUUACUAUAGCUGAUCAACUCAACUCAAUGACCUCUCGCUUACACACACUGUGACUUUCAUUCUGACUCGCACCUUUUCCUCGGUGGUUUGUGUUUUCAGGCAUGAGAUGUAUUUGUAUUUUGAGGGUUCUUCUUGUCAGUGUGCAGACCUGAGGAGCUGAUCUGGAUCUGUUUCUCUCGAGGUUACAGUGAUAAGCAGAGGAACAGGAUGGGUUAAGCCCCUCUUUACAGUUAGAAGGCAAAAUUACUUGUCAUUUACAGUAAACCUGUAAUCUCUGAAACGUUAUCAAAUGUGUCUUAUAAAUAGUUUUCUGUUAUAAAACAUGACCAUGGAAUCAUGUUCAUUGAUCAGCUGCUAUGUUGUGCUCAGUGUCUUUCAUUGGUUUAUUUUUGUUUGUUAAUGCUUUUACUUUACUGCUAAUAAUAAAUCAACAGGGUGAAAACGUGAGCAGAGAAUUGACCCAUUUACUUGCUGAAUGAUAAGCAGCAGGUUUGUGAAAUAGUUGUGUAGUCAAUAGUGUGGUGUUCCACUUCUGUAUGCAUCGUCCCGUCCUAAAAUGCACAUUUGGGUAAAUCUUGUGGCUCUGGAAACACUAUUGACUAGAACAUGUAGUUAUAUGUAAAUGAUGUGUCAUUGCAUUAUGUGUACACUACGCACAUUAUGUGACCAUUUGCUGCUGUGUGGUUACAUGUAAAUGAUGUGUUGUUAGUUAUACUACGGUUAAACACUUGUACAGAUAUGUUUACUGUGUAAAUGUGUACAGGAAAAUGUCUAUUGUAAAGUAUUGUCAUUUUUUGUUACUUGUAAUCUACAAUUCUGUCUCAUAUCUGUCGUACUGCCAUGUUGGUCUGAACUGCACCCACGUUUUUCACCUACUGUUGCACUUGUGUAUAUGGUUGAGUGACAAUAAAGGGAUUUGAUAAGAAAGGCUGUAUAUGCUUUUAAGCAGUAAACAUGUGCGUGUUGGUUUCAGACAUGUAGCUCAAAACUAUUUUAAUGUUGUGAAAUGAAAGUCUUUCAGUGUAGUUUGCGGAUUCUUUUGUCGACGCUGUUGGACGUUAUAGAGCAGCGUAGACGUUAAGGCCAACAUACACUACAAGACUUUUGCUCAGAUUUUCAGUCUGGACUUGUUGCAGAAAGUCUGUGCCGGUCUGCAGAUUUGAUCAGUUCGCAGUGGUCACCAACCCUGUUCCUGGAGAUCGACCGUCCUGCAGACUGCAGCUCCAACCCUGCUUCAGCACACCUGUCUGUUAUUAUCAAGCAAACCUGAACACCUUGAUUAGAUAGUUAGGGUGUGUUUGAUUGGGGUUAGAGCUGAAAUCUUCAGGACGGUCGAUCUCCAGGAGCAGGGUUGGUGACCACUGAGUUAGUGUGUUUCUAUCUGAAACUUUCAAAAAGUCUGCAAGUGUGAGAUAUCUACUUAAAAAAAAUCUGUUCAGAUUUUAAAAGUCUUGUAGUGUUUUCCAGCCAUUACGUGCAUGUGUUUAUUUGGACGAGAACACAGCUACAGUAAUGACAGUACUCCGCCAUUGAGCGCGUUUGGAGAAACAUGCGCACCCGUUGCAUCAUUUCGAUCCGUGAUAAGAAUGUGCUUCUGUCAGGAUCUUCUGCGCUCACGUUGUUUCAGGAAUUUCACUCCUACGACCCCUGCCAGCGGCCCCGCGCCCUAUAAAAGCGCGUCUCCGCGGCGCGUCUCUCACUUUCCCGGAUCACAAGUGCUGCAUGUGUCCGAAUUUCUGCCUCGAACCAGAACAACAUGUUGCGUGUCAGAUGCCUGAGAGGAGGAAGCCGCGGAGCUGAAGCCGCACAUCUCAUCGGCGCUAUGGUGGGUCGCGCUCUGUCGGGAUGGGUGCAGCGCGCGUUCCGCAGCACCUCGAGCUCGGCCGCCGCGCCGCUGCCGCUCACCGUGGACGAGCCCGUUACUGAGCAUGCGCCAGAGGACUGCCCCGUGUGCGCCUACAACGAGUGGGACCCGCUCGAGGAGGUGAUCGUGGGGAGAGCUGAGAACGCCUGCGUCCCCCCGUUUACAGUGGAGGUCAAGGCCAACACCUACGAGAAGUACUGGCCCUUCUACCAGAAGUACGGCGGACAGACAUUCCCGAAGGACCACGUGAAGAAAGCAGUCGCUGAAAUCGAGGAAAUGUGCAAUAUUCUGCGUCACGAGGGUGUUAAUGUGACCAGACCGGAACCCAUCGACUGGUCGUUUGAAUACAAAACCCCAGACUUCACCUCCACAGGCAUGUACGCGGCCAUGCCGAGAGAUAUCCUGAUAGUGGUGGGGAAUGAGAUCAUCGAAGCACCAAUGGCCUGGAGGGCUCGCUUCUUCGAGUACCGCGCCUAUCGGCCCCUCAUUAAAGACUACUUUAGACGGGGAGCCAAGUGGACCACGGCACCCAAACCCACCAUGGCCGACGAGCUUUACGAUCAGGAAUAUCCCAUUCGUACAGUGGAGGACAGACAUAAGUUAGCUGCUCAGGGGAAUUUCGUCACCACAGAAUUUGAGCCGUGUUUCGACGCUGCAGACUUCAUCCGAGCCGGCACUGAUAUUUUCGUACAGAGGAGUCAGGUUACAAACUACAUGGGUAUCGAGUGGAUGAGGCGUCAUCUUGCCCCUACCUACAAGAUCCACAUCAUCUCCUUCAAAGACCCGAACCCCAUGCACAUCGACGCCACGUUCAACAUCAUCGGACCAGGCCUGGCGCUGUCCAACCCGGAUCGACCGUGCCGGCAGAUCGACAUGUUUAAGAAGGCUGGGUGGACUGUGGUCACGCCUCCAACUCCUCUUAUUCCAGAUGAUCAUCCGUUGUGGAUGUCGUCCAAGUGGCUCUCAAUGAAUGUUCUGAUGCUGGACGAGAAGCGUGUCAUGGUGGACGCUAAUGAGUCGAGCAUCCAGAAAAUGUUUGAAAAUCUUGGCAUUAAGACUAUUAAGGUCAGCAUCCGACACGCCAACUCACUGGGCGGAGGAUUUCACUGCUGGACGACGGACGUCCGUCGGCGCGGAACCCUCCAGUCUUACUUCCUCUAGCCUGCCAGAAAGACGCAGUUUUUAUUGAGCUCAACGUUGAGCUCCAGCGAUGGUUUGAUAGCGCUGUGCAUGUCAGGGCUUUAGCAAAUGAAUCCAAUGAACGUAAUAAUGAGUAGAAACCUCAGUGAUCUCAAUAACAACUGCAUCUGUGGCCGGCUGUUGUAGUGACUCCAGUGAAGCAGACAGAGCCCCCCCCCCACAUCACCAAGACCAUUAAAGACAAGAGUUUCUACCUCCUCCUAGAAGAUGAUCAAAGACGUAUUUACAGUAUUUCUAUGACUUCAU